CAGCGCAAUCAACCAACACAUAAACAGAGGAAACCAGCGAUGAAAAUAUAAACAGAGGCCUCAGUCUAUCAGUUGCAAUUGUUGUUGCGUGAGGUGGUCUAUGGCGUUCAGGUUUUGGACAGAAAAUUUUGAAUGCAACGCAAAAUACUUUUGCUUUUGCUAUUAAGCGCCUUGAGCGAUGCAAAGGACUUUAAGAAUGUCUGGAAGGGAAGAACUACGGGUUUACUGUAUCCACGCGAAUCGGAAUCUCGUGAAGUACGGAAAUUGGAUGGUAUUUGGCGUUUCCUAAAAUCGAAUGUAAACAAUCCAAGACAAGGGCAACGUGACGGUUGGUUUAACGAUGAUUUAGAUAAGAUAAAUGACACAAUUCCUAUGCCGGUGCCAGCGAGCUACAAUGACAUCACGGUGGAGUCAGAAUUACGUGACCAUAUCGGUACUGUCUGGUAUGAGCGAAAGUUUUUCGUUCCGCAUUCUUGGGGUUUGGAUCAACGGGUGUGGCUGCGGUUUGGGAGUGUACACUAUCAGGCAAUUGUUUGGUUAAAUGGCGUAAAAGUUCUCACACAUUCUAUUGGGCAUUUACCGUUUGAAGCCGACAUUUCUUUUCAUCUAAAAUAUGGUGCAGAAAAUCGUUUGACCGUUCUUUGUGAUAAUGUUUUGCUGAAUACUACAAUUCCCCAAGGCAAUGUCGUACAAGAACCAAGUGAUAAUGGAAACGUGGUAACACAAACAUACACAUUCGACUUCUUCAAUUAUGCUGGAAUACAUCGCUCUGUGCAUUUAUACACCACUCCCAGAAUAUACAUCGAGGACGUGGAUAUUACAACUGAUUUGGACUUAAACAAUACUGGUUAUGUACACUAUAUUGUAACCACAAAUGGUCACGAAACGAAUGAACUUUAUGACCCUCCGAUAAAUCCUUUGUAUGUACAUAUGCAGCUGCGAAGCAAAGAAGGAGACAUUGUAGCUACAGACAAAGCGAAAGUUAGGUUCAGAGGAACGUUAACAGUAAAAAAUGCAAAAACUUGGUGGCCUUACCUUAUGCAUCCCGAACCAGCCUAUUUGUACACUUUGGAAAUAUAUCUGCACGCAGCAGAUGACGCAUUAUUAGACGUAUAUCGCUUGAAUGUUGGCAUUAGGACACUAAAAUGGAAUAGCACUAGCCUACUAUUAAAUGAUAAACCUAUUUAUUUACGCGGCUUUGGAAAACAUGAGGAUUCAGACUUGCGUGGCAAAGGCUUGGAUUAUGUGUUACUCGCUCGUGAUUUUAAUCUACUAAAAUGGAUAGGCGCAAACGCGUACCGCACUUCACAUUAUCCUUAUUCCGAAGAGUCUAUGCAGUUCGCCGAUGAAAAUGGCAUAAUGAUAAUCGAUGAGUGUCCGAGUGUAAACACAAACAUAUUUAAUGCCAUACUAUUGAGAAAUCAUCAGUCUGCACUGGAACAAUUGAUACAUCGCGAUAAAAACCAUCCAAGUGUGAUCAUGUGGUCCGUAGCAAAUGAACCACGUUCAGCAUUGCCUAAAGCAGACGAAUACUUUAACUAUGUCACGACUUAUGCAAAGAGUUUAGACAAUACCCGGCCUAUAACAGCUGCUCUGAAUGCUGCAAGUAUAAAAGAUAAACUGGGCAAAUACUUAGACAUCAUUUGUUUUAAUCGUUACAAUGCGUGGUAUCAAAAUGCAGGACAUCUAGAUAUGAUAACAAACUCAGUAGUAGAAGAGGCCACAGGCUGGCACAAGCUACACAAUAAACCAGUCAUAAUGACUGAAUAUGGCGCCGACACCAUAGCAGGUUUCCACUUUCUGCCUACAUAUGUUUGGUCUGAAGACUACCAAGUGGGUUUAAUGUCGAAGCACUUUAAGGCUUUUGAUGUGAUUCGCGAACAAAAGUGGUUCAUAGGCGAGUUUGUUUGGAAUUUUGCCGAUUUUGAAACAGCGCAGACCGUAAAUCGAGCUGGCGGAAAUAAAAAGGGCGUAUUCACACGCAAUCGACAACCGAAAGCAGUAGCCUAUUUGCUUCGUCAGCGAAAUUUUAUGUUGGCGUUAGAGCUAGACCAAUGCCAGGUACCGGCAGAUGUUUUCCCCUAUGUUAUCAAUUUAAAUGGAAUACAGAGCAAACUGAGAGACUACAGCGAGUUAUAACUAUAUUGUUAAUAAUGCAAAAAUUAUUAAUUUAACUAAUGUCGCAAAAUGAAAUUUGUACCUUUAUUGGUGCUUCAAUAUAAAAUCUGAAAAAACUACUAUAUUUAUCACACAAGCUCCUCAAAUAAAGUUAACUAUGUAACAA